GCCGCACUCCGAUCCACGUACGUCGGGCAACUGAUCCGUUCGCGGGUCCUCCUCAACAUCAACAUCUAUUGAUUCUGAUUCUGAUCGUGAUCCAGCAUGGCAGCGGCACCAGCGAUGAAGACGGUGACACAGUUCAUCAAGCACUCAACCGAACUACGGACAGCAGACCCAGUCGUCUCCUACUACUGCCUCGAAUACGCCGUCCAACUCUCCAUCCCCAUCGUUCGCGCAACGACAGACCCCGAAGUAAGAUCAUACGUCUUCUCCCUCAUGGACGACGUCGAAAGCUUUCGCGCACAAUUAGCUGACAACCCCACCAUGUCAUCCAAACCCACAUCUCGCACCCACCUCCUAACCUUUGCCCUCCGCAUCUUCGCCACAGCCGACAACGAAGAACGCGUCGCCCGCGCCUCCCUCAAAACAGCGACCACCUUCCUCGCCGCUUCCCGCUUUCUCGAAGUUUGGCGCGGGUGUUUCCUCGACACAGAUGAACAAGCAGAAGCGGAAGGCGAAGACGAGGUAGAAAGGGCACGGACGUUGGCUGCGGGGAGGGAUUGUGCGGAGAAGAUCAAGUACGCGAAAUACCAAGCUGCUCGAAUCCUCCGCUGCGUCAAAACCAAAAUGGACCCCAAUGUGGAACGGAGGACGGAAUUGGAGGAAGAACAGAAACAAGUGGAAGCGGAAGUGGAGGAAAUGGCAUCAGCCCCUCCUCCACCCGGAAUCGAACCCGAAGACUCCUCUCUCGACCCUUUCUCGGACCGGACAAUCUCCCCACCCAUCCAAGGCGGAGGGUAUUAUGACAAUCCACCCGCACCCGCACCAGCACCAGCACCAGUAGCGUCAUCAUACUUCCCGCAUGUAUCACCGAGCGCGCCGGAGCGGUACGACUCACCCCCCGACACAGAACUCCAUGCGCCCUCACAUCCCACACCACCCGCCCCGGUACGUGAAGAAGUGAGGGCGAAGGAGGUGACGGAAGACGAGAUGCAACAAGCGCGAAAACAUGCGCGAUUCGCGAUAAGUGCGUUGGAGUAUGAGGAUGUGGAGACGGCGGUUGCGGAGUUGAGGAGGGGGUUGGCGGUGCUUGGGGCACGGUAGCAGGUGGUUGGUGGUGGGAUGGCAGUCGGGGGAUACUAGGCAAGAGGUAUAUUCGUCCUAUGUAUUGUGCGCAAUCGACAUACAACAUACAGCA